GCUACACUAUCAAUAAUAGCGUUAUAAAUAAUAAUCAAGCAGUGACAUAAAUUAGAAAGCAACUGUCGAUGUCAACAUAUUAACAAAUUAAGUAUCCGAAGCCAUUAAAAUAUUAUAUAACGUCAUUAAACAUUUAUAACAAAAGUAAAAAUUAUAAUUUUUUAAAAUAAGACUUUAUUGAAGGAUAAAUUUGUUUUUUUUGAAGAAGUAUUUCGGAGGAUUUUUUAAAUAUUGUACGUAAUUUUAGGCAAAUUAAUAAAUAGAGGUCAACAUUAAGCGUAAUAAGCAAGUGGUUCAAGCCCAUAAUCAACAUAACCUUACUUUUGCAUUUAUCAUUAUUGCAAUUCAUCUGACAUUAGUUUAUUUAUUUACGCACUGCGUUUGAUUUAAUAUUAUAAUAAGAUAAUUAUGGCUGGAAUAGUUCAAUAUGUUAUCGUUCGAAAAGAUCUCAUUAAAGCUUUGGAAUGGCCGGUAGGAGCUGUUAUAGCACAAGUAUGUCAUGCUUGUACUGCAGUUACUCACCUAUUCCAUGAUGAUCCUCAUAGUCAAACUUAUUUAUCUGAUUUAGAUAAUAUGCAUACAGUUGUGUUGGAAGUUCCAUCAGAAGAAAAUUUAAAAACUAUACAUACAACCUUAACUGAAAAUAAUAUUCUACAUAAGCUUUGGAUCGAGCAACCAGAAAAUAUACCAACUUGUUUAGUAAUUAAACCAUAUCCUAAAGACAGUGUACAUAAAUAUUUAAAAAAAUUGAAGUUAUUCAAAUAGUAUCAUUAUAUUUAAUUUUAAGAAAAGAAUGACAUUGAAGGUGAAUAAAAAUAAAGACUUGUGUUUUUAAUUUUUAUAAUUGUACAGUUGUAUUGUAUCAAUAUCAUAUUCAUAUUAUUUUUAUUGAAAAUAUGAAAAAUAAAAAUAGC